UGCAGCAACCGGAGGAGUCACGUUGGGGGAACGGCAGAAAGCAGCUAUCCGUUUACACUACUUUGCUCUAGCAGCUAUCUUAAUGAUCGCGAGCGCGGCGGACAUCAAGCAGGAGAAUGGGAUGGAAAGCGCCUCGGAAGGGCAGGAGGCGCAGCGCGAGGUGGCGGGGGGCGCGGCGGCGGGGCUGAGCCCCCCGACCCCAGCUCCGUUCCCCCUGGAGCCGGGGGAAGCGGCGGCCGGCGCGGGCCGCGAGGAGGGGACGGCGGCGGAGCCGGUCCGACUGCACUCGGAACUUCUGGGCGGGCACCGCGCUGCCGCCGCGCGGACCCCGCUGGCCUUCUCGCCGGACCACGUCGCCUGCGUGUGCGAGGCGCUGCAGCAGGGGGGCAACCUGGACCGCCUGGCCCGGUUCCUGUGGUCCCUGCCCCAGAGCGACCUGCUACGUGGCAACGAGAGCCUGCUGAAGGCGCGGGCGCUCGUGGCCUUCCACCAGGGCAUCUACCCCGAGCUGUACAGCAUCCUCGAGAGCCACAGCUUCGAGUCGGCCAACCACCCGCUGCUGCAGCAGCUCUGGUACAAGGCGCGCUACACCGAGGCCGAGCGCGCGCGCGGCCGGCCGCUGGGCGCCGUGGACAAGUACCGGCUGCGCAGGAAAUUCCCGCUGCCCCGCACCAUCUGGGACGGCGAGGAGACGGUGUAUUGUUUCAAGGAGAAGUCGCGCAACGCGCUCAAGGAGCUCUACAAACAGAAUCGCUACCCCUCGCCCGCCGAGAAGCGGCACCUGGCCAAGAUCACCGGCCUGUCCCUCACCCAGGUCAGCAACUGGUUCAAGAACCGCCGGCAGCGCGACCGGAACCCCUCGGAGACCCAGUCCAAAAGUGAGUCAGAUGGCAAUCCCAGCACUGAAGAUGAAUCCAGCAAGGGACACGAGGAUUUGUCUCCUCACCCACUCUCCGGUUCAUCUGACAGCGUCACCAAUCUCAGCCUUUCCAGCCACAUGGAACCAGUGUAUAUGCCGCAAAUUGGAAAUACUAAGAUACCGUUAAGCUCUUCCGGAGUUCUGUUGAAUGGAAGCUUGGUUCCUGCAAGUACUUCGCCUGUCUUCCUUAAUGGUAAUUCUUUUAUUCAGGGACCCAAUGGAGUUAUCCUUAAUGGAUUAAAUGUAGGAAAUGCUCAGACAGUGUCACUGACUCCACCAAAAAUGUCUUCUAACAUUGUGAGCAAUGGCGUAGCCAUGACUGACAUACUGGGGUCUGCCUCCCAGGAUGUGAAGGAAUUCAAGGUCCUGCAGAGUUCUACUGCUAACUCAGCAGCUACCACCUCCUACAGCCCCAGUGUGUCAUUCCCAGGACUGAUACCCAGCACUGAAGUGAAAAGAGAAGGCAUUCAAACGGUGGCUUCCCAGGAUGGAGGCCCUGUAGUGACUUUUACUACACCAGUGCAAAUUAACCAGUAUGGCAUUGUCCAGAUCCCUAAUUCCGGAGCAAAUGGCCAGUUCCUUAAUGGGAGCAUUGGAUUCUCUCCACUGCAGCUGCCUCCCGUCUCAGUGGCAGCGUCACAAGGUAAUAUUUCAGUAAAUUCAAGCACUUCAGAUGGGAGCACAUUUACAAGUGAGUCUGCCACAAUCCAGCAAGGAAAGGUGUUCUUGAACUCUCUUGCUCCCAAUGCAGUGGUAUAUACUGUUCCUAAUUCAGGCCAGACUGUAGGAUCUGUGAAACAGGAGGGCUUGGAAAGGAGCCUGGUGUUUUCUCAGUUGAUGCCUAUCAAUCAGAAUGCACAAGUAAAUGCAAACCUGCCUUCUGAAAAUAUCCCAGGGAGUGGCCUCCAUCCACUGGCCCCCUCAUUAGUUAAUGUAUCCCCAACUCACAGUUUUUCCCUGACUCCCCCUACUCUGCUAACUCCCACUGAGCUAAACCAUGACAUUGCUGAUAGCCAGCCAAUGUCUGCACCUGUGGCAAGCAAAUCUACUGUGACCUCUGUCGGCAACACUAACUAUGCAACACUUCAGAACUGCUCCCUUAUUACUGGUCAAGACCUACUGUCAGUCCCUAUGUCUCAGGCUGCCCUUGGAGAAAUAGUUCCUGCAGCCGAAGACCAGGUAGGUCAUGCGACCCCUACAGUUCACCAGGAUUUUGUCAGAGAACACCGAUUGGUUCUGCAAUCCGUGGCUAACAUAAAGGAGAAUUUCUUACAGAAUUCUGAGAGCAAAGCAACAAGCAGCCUUCUCAUGCUAGACUCCAAAUCCAAGUAUGUCCUAGAUGGCAUGGUUGAGACAGUCUGUGAAGACCUGGAGACAGACAAAAAAGAGCUUGCCAAGCUCCAAACUGUCCAGUUGGAUGAAGAUAUGCAAGACUUAUAAACUUUAUUUCCUACACUCCCCCUUCCUUUUUGCUUUUGGCAUCAGCAGCAGAUCUUUUCAUGUGGCCCCAGAAACAUAAAGCAUCUUUCCAUUUAAAGGAAAACACACUACUUUUUAAGUACACGCAUUCAAGAGACUUUACAUUGAUCUGCAUGAAGAUCACAGUUGACUGCACAUUGGUAGAACUGCAUUGUCAAAACUUCGUUCACUUAUCCUGCUCUCUUUUCAAUGGAGACAGAGGAGCAAGAUGAAAUAGGUCAAGUCCGAGUAUACCAUUUAGUUGGCAGUAUAAUUUUAAGGUCAAAUGGAACCUGAUAAGUUUUUUUAAAUUAAAAAUGUAUACAUCUGACAUAGAAAAUUAAACAUAGUUGCAGGCGUUUAGAAACAAUGCAAUUGUUUUUGUUUACUUUUAUUACAUGGGCAUUGAUAAGAAACAGAAAUGGUACCCCAAACUGUUGUAAGGGUGUAUUUUUUGAAGUUGAGUAGCUUAAUAUAUAUAAAUAUAUGUAUAUGCAUACAGACACACUUACCUUUUUCAGCAUUUUUGAGAAAGUCUUGGUUUAAGUCUGUACAAUUUCCAGAUAUGGUUGCUAGAAGUUCAGUGUAGCUGAGGAAGUUUGAAACUCCACUAAAAACUGAAACAAACUUCAGUGUGAAUGUAAAUAUAUCAGUCCUAUAAGCAAGAUUUGAGUAAGUACAGUGAAUUUUAUUUAUACCGUGUAUGUUUCUCUUAUACUUCAGGCGCUAUGAACUAAAAAGAAAAAUGUUUUCUUACUGUUUAAUUUAUUUUUAUUGUUUGAACAGGAAGUGAACAUUGUUUCCAAUAAAGUUUUACUUUUUGUAGGAUUUUAAAGGCAGUGACUUUUAUCAGGAGUCUAUUACGGUCAAUAUUAAUAACACUGAACCAGGAAUUCUAACUCCCAAUAUUGGAAUUUUGGUACUUUUUUUCAUAUCUUCGUUCUUUAUUUAGCAACUCUGAUUCUUUUAAAUGUGUUUUAUAUACUCUUCUAUGUGCCUUUUUAACUUGUGGCCUUUUUACUAGUAAGAUACAGAUGUGUCCGCAGAAGCACUGAUGGUUCUUUUCUACUAUCGAGCGGGGUUAAUUUCACCAUAGAAUUACAUCUGGAGAGCUUAAGUUUUACCAAAUAUUAUCUCUAAUGCUUCUCAUGCAAAUGGAUAAACAGCUAAUUGUCACUGAUGCUUUUCAUCAUGUAAUGAAAAUAACAGCAAUUAAAUUAUAGAAGGCAAUAUAAAAUCAACUCUGCAGGCUAUGACUGCCAUUUUAAAGUAAAGAACUAAUGUGUCUGUGCUAUUGAGCAAAAUUCUGUCCUGUGGGAAAUUCACUCAGUCGUUUGCAUUUCUUGAUACACAGCGACAUAUGACGUUGUUUGCACUCUCUCAUCAUGUCUUCAAAAGCAGUCUUCUGGUUUCUGUAAGAAGCUUGUUGGAUGAUGUUGUGAAUUGUGUUUAUAGUUUUUAUCAGGACCC